UAUCUUUAUUGUCAUUUCCUGAGUAUUCGCAUACCCAGAGGAAACAAAAAAACGUUGCUCAACCAGUGUCCAUUCAGUGUGCAUGAAAAAUAAAUAGAAAUAAAAAAUACAUGUAUCAUGAACAAAUUUAACACUCUACUAAACAUUCAACAGGCGUUCCGACCGGCAGCGGCACAACAGUGGCUCUGCUGCAGUGUGUCCAGGUUGGGGGUUUGUGCGCAAUACUUGGCAGGGGGCAAAGUCCGUUUAUCAGUCUUAUAGCCUGUGGGAAGAAGCUGAGGAGCAUCCUGCUGGUUUUGCAGCUAAUGCUCCUGUACCUCUUCCCAGAUGGCAGGAUGGAGAAAAUGUCAUGCAAUGGAAACAUGCCCAAAACAUGUACCAUGUUUUGUAGAAAUUAGGAACUACAGAUGCUGGUUAAUAAACAAAAGGACACCAGGCACUGGAGUAACUCAGUGGGUCAGGCAACAUCUCUGGAGAACAUGGAUGGGUGACGUUUCUUCAAAUUCCUAUUUUUAGUUUGAAGAUAGACAAAAAGCUGGAGUAACUCAGUGGGUCAGACAGCAUCUCUGGAGAAAAGGAAUAGGUGAUGUAUCGGGUCCCUUCUUCAGAUGCCUAUUUUUAGUUUAUUCCUUUUUAUUACUGCAAACACAAUUAAAUUACUUUCAUGCUGCUUUAUUCAACAGUUCUGAAGCUCUGUUUGAAAGUCUGGUCAUUGUCACUGGCACACACAAGCUGGAAGGCAUGCAGAUUAUUUAUGGAGUUCACAAGGUCAUCUUGCACGAAUACUUUAUUUUUGAACUGUUUGGGGUUAAAAUUCCAGACAACGACAUUGCUCUCGUCAUGGUGAAGGAACCAAUCGUAUUUAACAAACUUGUGUCGCCCAUAUGCUUCCCCGAUGACCGCUACCUUGACAUCAGCACCCUGGAGAACUGUUGGGUCACUGGAUGGCAGAUGUUAAGUCUUGCUGGAAGUCCCAUCUCUCCCAUCUACCAGACUGUGAAGCAGCCAGUCAGCCAUGAGAAGCUGGAGGUCUGUGAGAAGUUCUACCCUGAAAACCUGAAGGAAAGUGUGAUUUGUGUGACCAAUGUGGACAAGCAGCAGUCUCUCUGCAUGGGAGGUUAUGGUGCCCCACUUGAGUGUCAGGACAAGAGGACUAAAAUGUGGGUGGUGGCCGGGGCAGCAAGCCACUGCCCCCCGUCCUGUAACCACACGGCUCUCUUCACCAGCUACGUCCACUAUGUGGACUGGGUGAAGCAUGUCACCAUCUUGGCAGGGCACCCCUUCGUUCCCUAUGGACUUCCUCCCAAACCCACCCAGCCCUGCCACCAAAUCCAGCACCCCAAACGCACCCUGCCCAGCCACAAACCCCAGCACCCCAAACCCACCCUGCCCAGCCACAAACUCCAGCACCACGUCGAAUGCAACCCGUGGCAGAAACCAAAGAGAAAUCGAGAAGCCAGGAGGCAGUGGAAGGGUCGACACCACAAGGCCAUUUUUGAGAGCAACUCAUCGAAUGCAGAGCGGAAGCCACGGCAAGUCCUUGGUGCAGCUGUGUGCAUCGUACAACUUGCACUGUUCACCUGACCACUGGGAUGAAGCACAGAUUGUCGAACUGAGAAUAUUUAUUUUAUCACGGACAUUCCUAUUACCUCGAGUUCAACAGGGCGAGAUAUUGAAUUGAUUUUGUUGAUCCUGCUCUUUUGUGUGCCAAGAUCAGAUGGAAGGACUUGGGAAGCAGUCAGAACAUUACGAAAAGCACGGUGGCUGCAGGGAAAUAAGUGGGGGAAACGGAGCUGUUCUCAGAGCUCAAUGGGCCGAAUGGCAGCAGCCUAUGUUGGAAAGAAAGAACAAGUUAAUAUAACAUUUGCUAUAACAGUUUGCAAUUGGGAUUUUUAUUUUCCUUUAUGUUCCCAUCAGCACAUCAAGUUAAUUUCUUGCACCAGUUCUUAAUAUAAAGAUAUUUUGGGGAUCCAGCAAACUCAAUGCCAAAUGCAAGGCUUUGUAUUAAUUAUCCUGGGCAAGUAAGCGAGUGCUGUGUGUGUUGUGGUGGGGCAAUAUCAUUCGAGCUGACAUUCUUACUUUACAUGCCCAUUAAUGCAUAAAAGCAAGAUAAAUAUAUAAUGUACAAUAUUUUUUUUUAAAUAUAGUGGAAUUCCCUGCCUCAGAGGGUGGUGGAGGCCGGUUCUCUGGAUACUUUCAAGAGAGAGCUAGAUAGGGCUCUUAAAGAUAGCGGAGUUAGGGGAUAUGGGGAGAAGGCAGGA